AUUCAUGCCUUAUGUAUUCAAGAAACAACAAAGUUAGGUUCAUUAGCCUGCUAAAAACAAAGUUAAAAUUUGUAAUUCUGGGAAGCAACAGCUAAACGAAAUUCAUUUUAAAAUGUCGCUUCUGGACUACGAUGAAGAUUUGAGUGUGAACGAGUUUUUUGUGCAUCUGAAGACCGAGUACACCUCAAUAUUCAAAGAUGCUUCUACCAAACGGUAUACGAUCUGUGUUCCUCGUCAGGGUAGCUUCGAUGUGAAAUCUCUCACUUGCGAAGUGAUCUCAACACACAUUCUGAAGACACGUCUAGACCAUCAAGAUAUCAGAGCGUCCAUUAACACAUACAGUGGAAAGGAAGUGAAAUUGGCCAAUGGAAACUUGGAGACGAUAUCUGGUUUCGAGUGUGACAGAAGGGUUAAAGUAUUGUUCGAAGAGGACUAUGUGAAUGAGGCAGACCACAGCUAUAAGGUGCUCUGCGUGGAUCGGCCGCUGGAGGGCGACAGCUGGGCACAUGUGGCCAACUCUGAACUGUUCACUCAGAGACUCACUACGCAGGAACAGUGUAUGGACUUCCUAUGGACCUCAAAUACCAGGAAGUCGAAAGUGAAGCGUGGCAUUGACCUGCUGGUGUCGCCAGUGAUCAACAGUAUCUCUUCGGCCGAGUCUGCUGACCAAGUAGUUGGGAGUUGUUCAGGUCUCUACCAGCAGGCUCUUCACAAUCUCCUCCAGCAUCCACACUACAGAAGACACUGCAAGGAGAACCAUUAUUACUUCCAGGCAGUAAAACUCUCCCUAGAAACAUAUCUGAUGGGUCUUCUUCACGACUCAGUUUUCACGAAGCUCUUCAAUCUUGAGAAGUCGGCUGAGGUCGAGUUCAACAAACAGUAUCUCUACUUGGCCGACAAAGUCACUCAUCACACUCUACAGUUGGACGCCAAACACUGCAUAAACCUGGAAAGAUCAGCUGCCGAAGUUGACCAAGUAGUCACCCACCACUGUCCCUUGGAGAUGGCCUACUGUCUCGAACGCUCAUUCAGCCUACUUUUCUACAAUUCUCCUACGUCAACCUCACACACAAGCAAAAGAACAGCCACAAUCACGAGCACAACAUACUCGUCCGCAAGUUCGCCUCCUUUAUUCCGACCGAAAAGCAGUGUUGCUGGCGGACCCACGCGGAAGGCGUUUUUCCCAAGAGGUGUGUCGUUAGCAGGACCAUUCAAUUCUGCGGACGUGAUUGAAUCAUCUCCGGACGCUAAAACUGAAACAGUUGUAUUUUCUGGAGAUCAACUACUGCCAUUGACUGUUCUUCUCAUUCUCAAUAGCAGAGUGCCUUGCUGGUUGACACUAAUUAACUACAUAAAGAAUUAUAGAUUGUCCGAGAGCAGAAACAGUCAAGUAGAAUAUGCAAUCACCAACUUCGAAGCAGCAAUCAUGAUCAUACAAAGCGGUGAUUUAAAAAGAGACGCGGAAAAAGAACAACAUCUAGGUGGAAAUUGGCAAAAAUCAGCUUUAAAACUACCGAAACCACGACAAAAUGUCGCACAUUCCGUUUCCAAAUCACAUGCACAUAAGGACUCAAAUUGGACGUCGAACGCUUUAAUGCCGCUCGGAUCUCCGAGUACGGCCGACGAUACAGACAGCGGACUCGCGUCGGAUGACAUGCAAACCUCUAGUAUUGACGACGACUCAACGAGUAAGGCCACGACAGUCGGAGAUUCCGCGAGUGAGACGUCAUUCAUACCUUCCAAUUGUAGUGAUGGCAACGAAACUAAUAAUGGGGAUUCAGUAUUCGAUGGAGAUGGAGAAUUGACGAACUCAUUGAGUCUGUCGAUCCCAAUGAUUACAGAAGAUUCGCCCAUUAACAGACUGUUUCGCCUUAUCAAAGAUGACAAGCGUGAGGAGAUGGCAGAGUUGCUAGAGGGGGAGGGAGGGGACUCUUUGAUAGAGAGAUUGUGUCAUCCACUCUGUGCAUGUGCCAAAUGUCAACUGAUCAAAGGAACACCCAAUGGAAUCACAAACGGAGUGCAUACGAGUGAGGGCAGUGUCUCAUCGGCUGACUGUCUGGGAGGGAAAUUGGCAUCUGUGGGGGAGAGGGAAAAGGACAGAGUUAGUAGCUCCUCCCGCAAUGAGAACGGAUGGACGGCACUGCACGCUGCCGCAUUCUACGGGCGAGCUGACAUAGUGCAUAAAUUGUGUCGAGAUUUCAAGUGCGAUGUAAUGUGCAUUGAAUUGCACGGGUGUCGCACUGCACUGCAUAUUGCAUGUGCAAUGGUGCACACAGAAGCUGUUGCUCCCAGUAUCAUUAUGUUGCUGAUGUACUAUGGAGCACCAGUGAACGCUGUGGAUAAACAAGGCAACACGGGACUGCACAUAGCCUGUCUGAACGGAAACAUCCACGUGGUAACUGCUCUGCUCUACCAACCAGGGGCGGCUGAGCCACUGAAUGUAAACGCACAGAACAUCCUGCACGAGACUCCGAUAUUCUUAGCUGCCAAAUUUGGAUACGUGGAAAUAGUGCGAGAGCUUCUCGACUUCGGGGCUGACAUCUCCCUGGAAAAUGCAGUGGGAGAGGGACCGGUGCAAGUGUGUCUGGACAACGAGAUCAGACUGUUGCUGCUGGGGGGAUCCCAGACGGCCGCCUUCACUAAAUGGUCUGAUGAUAGAUUGUUUCAAGUGAACCAGCAGUUGCAAGGAGAAUACGAAGAGAGCGUCACAAACGAUUCACCAACAGCUUCCACUUAUUCGUUCGUCGUUGAUAAAGUGUCGGCCAACCUGAAGAGUACCAGACUCAGUCUGCCCAAUGGACCCCUCGGAGGGGGGAGGGGGAAGGUGAGCUCGAGCAUGAAUGUGGCGCCAGAGAAUGAGACACGCACAGAGUACAGUUCACAGGGAUCUCCCACCGACCAAAGCAGAAACGGAAGUACUGGUCGGAGUGUGUACAGCGAGACCCUUCCUAGGACUGUCAGAUCAGAAGCGAUGACGUCAUCCAGGGAAGGAGUAGGGAGACAGGACAGUAUCAAUUGGAGGCGGUCAAGGUUUGCCAAGAGCCAGUCUCACUCUUGUUUGAGCUCGGAACACCAGAACCCCUCAUGGUUCUACUCACACCAGACUAAAGACCAGUACGACAGAAAGGUGAAGCUGAUGCUGCAGAGAGUUCGCAGCAAUGACAUAGACAAAGUAUUGUUUCUUCUCGGAGCAGCUGUGAAAAGUGGCGGAGGAGGGGGUAAUGACCAGCACCAACCCACUCUCUACACCCACUCGCUGUGUCAUCCAAAGUGCGACUGCAAUCCAUGUCAGCAGCUUAGAAAGGAUGCAAGAGACCCCCCUCACAAGUACACUCUGACAGUCAACUCACAAUCUGACCCUUCGGAAGGGGGUCUGUCUCCCCUGCACGCGGCUGUCAUAUCUGGUCUGCCCGAGAUGUGUGUGGUGCUUCUCAACCAGGGUGCUAAUGUCGAUCUCCACGCUCCUCCCUCCAUGAACACGCCAUUGCACUUCGCAUGCCAAUACAACAGGGCUGAGAUAGCUUCUUUGCUGUUUGAGUAUGGGGCCCAAGGUAACAUUCCGAACAGGGAGCAGAACACGGCACUGCACUUGGCAGCCUCUUGCGGACACGAGUGGCCUGUGAACCUACUGUCAUCGGUCCUUUCACCGGCGAGCUUGAGCUCGCGCAAUAAUAAAGGCAAUACGCCAUUGCAUCUCGCGGCCUCGCGAGGAUUUGCCGAAGUCACCAAGUGCCUUCUAGACUCGGGAGCGGACGCCAAUAUCCGGAAUGAAAUGUCAUUCACGCCUCUUGAAUGUGCCAUCAUGAACUCAGAGGUCAAAGUUUCUCUACUUUUGUCACCCAUGACCUCUACAAGUAGUCGUUCCUUGGACGAACUUCUGGAUGUCGAAAGUGAAUUUCAAAAGGCAAAAAAUAAUCCUGCAGUGUCAACUGUUAGUACCUCAUCUACUGUAGAAAAAAUGACCAUGAUAGAGAAUGAUGUUAAAAUUGAAGGCAGAACUCACAGUUCGAGAGAAGGCUCAGUCCAAAUGAGCAGUUUUGAAGCGGGCAAAAGUAAUCCAAAUAAAAUCGAUGAACCUUCAGAUGACAAUGCAGAUUUAAAAAUAUCAACUUCAGUUUGUGAAGAAGAGUCUAUAUGAAAAUUGGAUCUUAAUUUAAUUUUCUCCACAAUAUACACUACAAUGAUUAUCCUCAAUUCAUAUUCCUCGUAUUUUGUGCUAUAUUGCUUGUUAGAUUUAAUUACGAAUUAUUUUAGCGCUGAAAAUAAUUUAAUGAAAUGAUUUUUAUUGGUCCAUUGUAGUUUGAUUUUGA